CCUCGGGCCCUUCCCCCACUGCUCAAUCCCCGGACUUGCGUGAUCGCGGCUGCCGGGCACCGUGAGCGGCCUCGGCGUGCACAACGUCCCGGGGUGCCGGAAGACAAAGGCAGCGAGGGGCGGCUCCGGGGAGGCCAGGGUCCUAAGGAAGCAGUGAUUAAAGCACAGGGAUUUCACGCUGCCUCUGAGACUGCGGGGUCGUACUCUAGACAUAUGGGGACGGAUCAAGAUGAGAGCGGAUACCAGACACAGUUCAAUGCUGCCGUGUCAGUUAUUCAGAGCUUGCCCAAAAGUGGCUCAUAUCGCCCUUCCUAUGAAGAGAUGCUUCUCUUUUACAGCUACUACAAGCAAGCCACGGUUGGACCUUGCAAUAUCGCCCGUCCUGGUUUCUGGGAUCCCAUUGGAAGAUAUAAAUGGGAUGCCUGGAACAAGCUGGGUCAGAUGAGCCAGGAUGAUGCCAUGUGUGCUUAUAUCAGAGAAAUGAAGAAAGUAGCCCAAAAGAUUAUCAACACAAUCCCUUUGGAAGACACAACACCUGAGAUGUUUGAGCCUUUCCGUCCCCUGUAUGAAGUCAUUCCAGAUAUGCCCCGCCCUCCAGAUUCCUUUUUCAAGAAUACCACUGGUGAGUUGGCCGCCUUAAAGCAAUCUACACAUUCUUGUUGCAAUCCAGCUGUGAUAGUCAGAUAA